CACUCGCGCUGUGACUGCAGAUGUCGCCCUACAGCAGCCUCAGGACAGGACGGCAAUGGCACAUUCGUUCUCUCGCGACGCAUUUACGCAUGAUGUAACCCUAAUGUUCAAGUUAAAACCCAGUCCAAAACCGUGCACAAAACAAUCCUCUAGACUGUUGCGAAUCAUUCCGUUCAUUGAGUCUGACUUGUCACGACGGCGCAAUGACCGGUCCCCUCCUCUCAUUAUUCUAGAGCCCUCGGUACAUGGCAAAAACCCGCAGGACCUGUUGCCGGGGUAAAUAUGGCUGAUAGGAUGCUCGGUGGUUUGCUGUAUAUCUGUCUUCUUGGCGCGUGGCGGAUCGCUUUUUGGGGCAAAAUGGUGAAUGUGACCUGAAUGCGGAUUGUUCUUGAGUAGAAAAUCACGGCAAACGCACUUUUCACCAGGCAUCGAUUGCAUUUCAGCUGCUUUUCGCAGCGUUAGUCAUCGCGUCAGCGGUCUGCCGCGGUGGCCCGUCUGCCGUUUCUCUAUUAGUUGAUGUCGCGCGGCGUAUACACACAAAUCUUUCUCUGCCAUUUUACUUCGCGCAACGACGCGACGCCGGCAGGCUGCUUUCGAGGGAUUCCUUUCUGGCCGGCCGGCUCGCUCCCGUGCCAUUAGUGCAUUUGCGCCAGAACUUUCAGCAGACGGCUGAGAUCUGCUCACGUAAAAGCGGAGGGCGCGCGCUUGUUGCAUCGCCCAGCCGUACAGCAGCGCGUGCUGCGCGUCGUUUUGCACGGCGGAGCGCAUUUCUGGACCCUUUUCGCUCGCAUCCCCGCUUUUGUGUGCACGAGCGAGGCGUCUCGAAGAUGACAUUGGCUGGAUAGAUACAUAGAUUGAGAGAGAGAGAGAGCGCGCAAAAGAGAGAAAGAGGGAGUGUGUGCGAGAGGAGCGCCUUGCUGCAAAGGAGCGUCAUUUAUGCAUGCAUGCUUAUUGAGUUCGGGGAUUGUGCGUUGAAGGAGAAUGCAGCAGCCCAGCAGUGACCGGGGCUGAUAACGGUUCCUCAGCGGCUGGUGUUUCCCCGUCACCAAGUGCAUGGGGAAAGCAGCACACGCAGAUGGCAUGGACACUUGCGCAAGCCCAUUCGCACUCAGUCCCCCAGCACCUUCUGCCCCGAGAGCACUGCAGCAGCGCCGCCGGCCGCCCCUGAGCCACAGCAGACGGCAUGAGGAGGCUUGAUCCGGUGCAUUUCUCCAUGCUCGUCAUCGGGGUCUCCUUCGCCUGCUACGCCCCGAGUUUGGAUUCGCUGCAGGACCAGGCUUACCGAUCGGCCGUGGUGAUCGAAGGCGAGGUGAGCUCGCUGCCCGAGAACGUCUCCGUGGAGCCCUACAGUGUGAAUGUCAAGGUGCUGGACGUGUGGCCGGUGAACAGCGGCGGGCUGGAGCGCGAGCAGCUCGUCACCGUCGGGGAAUUCGGCUCCGAGGCUCCUUGCGUGGCGGUGGAGAAGCACCACAGAUAUAUCUUUUUCAUGGACCCCACGGAGGAGCCUUUAGUAUUCAAAGCGUCAUUUGCUCCUCUGGACAGCACCGAGAAGCCCCUCAAGAAAGAUGUGGAGAGCAUAUUGUGUGAAGACUGCGCGUCAGCUCCGAAGGUGAAGCCCAUGGAUUCUCAGUGGCUCCUGGAAGGUAAAAAGUUGACACUCAAGUGUGAAGCCGUGGGCAACCCGAGCCCCUCCUUCAACUGGUACAAAGAUGGCAGCCAGCUCCGCAAGAGGAAAGACGUCAAAAUCAAAUCCAAUAAGAAAAACUCAAAGCUUCACAUCAGCAGAGUGAGACAGGAGGAUUCUGGGAACUACACCUGUGUGGCGGAGAACUCGCUGGGCAGAGAGAACGCCACCAGCUACGUCAGCGUCCAAAGCAUAACCACCACCUUGUCUCCGGGCUCAAGUCAUGCCAGGAAGUGCAAUGAAACUGAGAAGAUAUACUGCGUUAACGGUGGAGACUGUUAUUUCAUACAUGGUAUUAAUCAGCUGUCCUGCAAGUGUCCAAAUGACUAUACCGGUGAACGCUGUCAAACCUCCGUUAUGGCCGGUUUCUACAAGCAUCUUGGAAUUGAAAUCAUGGAGGCUGAGGAGCUGUACCAAAAACGCGUGCUGACGAUAACGGGCAUCUGCGUGGCACUGCUGGUGGUUGGCAUCGUGUGUGUGGUGGCAUACUGCAAAACCAAGAAACAGAGGAAGAAGAUGCAUAACCACCUGCACCAGAACAUGUGUGCGGAGCAUCCGAACCGCAUGCUAGCCAACGGCCCCAACCAUCCUGGCCGUGGCCCUGAGGAAAUCCCCAUGGUGGAUUAUAUAUCUAAGAAUGUCCCAGCAACUGAACGAGUAGUACGACACGGAACAGAGACAUCAGGCAAUUUCUCGGGCAGCCGAAUGUCGUCACGAUCCCACCACACCUCCACAGCCUCUCACGCUUCCAGUCACCGGCACGAGGAGCGCACAUGGAGUAUGGAGCGGACGGACAGCAUCCACUCUGACUGCCAGUCGGGGGCGCUCUCCUCCUCUGUUGGCACCAGUAAAUGCAGCAGCCCGGCGUGUAUGGAGGCUCGUGCCCGGCGUGCAGCAUACUGUGGUUAUCCUGAUGCCACACAGUGCCCCCUACAGUACGGAGACUCUUACGACUCUCUGCGGGACUCGCCUCACAGUGACAGGUACGUGUCCGCUCUGACCACGCCGGCGCGUCUUUCUCCGGUGGACUUUCACUCCUCACUGCCCCCGCAGGUGCCUACCUUUCAGAUCACCACGCCCAACGCCAGCCACGCCCUCUCCCUGCCGCCCGCCGCCGCUGCCGCCGUCGCCAUGGACGACGACCAGCCCCUCCUGCACCGCUACCGGCGGUCCCGGCGGCCGUAUUACGCGGCGGACAGCACCGGCUCCCUCCCGUCCAGCCCGUACCGCUUCGUGGACGACGAGGAUUACGAGACCACGCAGGAGUACAUGUCCUCCCGAGAGCAGCAGAAGAAGGGCAGCGGCGGCAGCGGGCGGCACUGGCGCAGGAGGUCGCGGCUCAACGGGCACGUGUCUCAGCGGGCCCCGGACCCCAGGAACUACAGCUCUCAAAGCUGCCUCUCGGACAGCGAGUGGGAGGACGACGAGGUCGGCGACCUCGGACACGGCGAGAGCACGCCGUUUCUCAGUAUGCAGAACAUGAACGCCACUGAACCGGCCACCAUCUACCGACCCAACGACACGCGGACUUUCAGCAACACGGGACGCUCCGGCCCCCGUGGCACCGUGCAGGCCAACAAACUGUCGCAGUCGCGGUCCAGACCGGACAACGCACCCCUUUAAAAAAGAACGACGAGAGCAAGGACAGGGCGUGAAAAACAAACGAUAUGCUAUAGACCUGCACCUAUGAGAAAUAUUUUUUAUUUUAUAUAACAGACAGAUAUUCUAAACAAAUGAAAUAUUUAUUUUCAUUUCAGCAAAAAUUGUCUACUAGCUAGCAGCAAAGACUUUUUUUAUAGGGGGAAAACUAUUUAUAUGUAAUUCCUUUUUUUGAUUUACAGCAUUACGACGAAGAAUUACGUGCAGAUUUUUUCACGAGUUAGAAAUAGAAUAAUAUUGUGGUGCCUUUUGCUGUUUGCCGACGAGGGAGGUUCAGUUGAAUUUUUGUAGCCUUUCUUAAAAACAGACUCUUGGGUUUUAUAGACAUGUUCUUUCUUUGUUCGUUUGUUUCGUUCGUUCAGGAUCUCCCCAUUUGAACUGUGAUAUUAUUCAGACACCAUGCAAUAUCAAAUCACUUCUGUGUAAGGUGUUUGUUUACAUGAGUAGGGUUCACACGCGCACAUAACCGACAUCGCGAGCGCCGUCUGCGUUCGACUUUGGUUUCCGCGUUUCCGUUUGCUUUUCUCUCAACUGGUCGUCGCAUAUUGUUUCCAUGGAAACAGAGGUACGCAGGAGUUCACAGGGCAUGGCGCUGGGUCGCAGUAUCGGCCCUGGUGUUCAGGGUUUUCAAAACGGUGGUCUGUACGUCCAAUGAAUGUGUUUACACUUCUGUCCGUGUGCGUGAGAGUAUCGUUGAACCUCAGUGUAUAUGUACGUGUCUUUUGUCUGCGCAGUUUCGUGCAAGAACACGUUCCGUCUGUGCGUUCGCGUUGUGUUCGUCUUCAGGUUAACGUUUCGAGCGCGUGUGCGUGUUGUUGUGAGUGUGUAUAUACGUAUGCUUGUACUCUUUUUAGGAUGUUGGCUUUGUCGAAAGGGAGCUCUAUUACGUUACCAGGCUAGCGCUAAUGGGUUGAACCGGACCCCCUAGUGGUGACACGAGCUCAUUGCACUGUAACCUUCCUUCCUUGUGUAGUCAUUGGCCUGCGGAGGAACCAAUCCAGCCUGAUUCUAGCCUACACGGACCUACAUCUCUCUCCCACACGUUCCCAUUCCUAUGCCAGCAGCUUUAAGCCGCACUGUGUCUCAGGACUUUUCAUCGAAAUCUGCAUUACUCAUGAAACAGAUCCAUUCCUGCCCGUCGUGUCUGCGUCAUGAUGGGAAGACUAUGAGGAACGAUACGACCAGGUGUGUUUGUCUGCGAACGCUCCAUGUUUUGCCGGCUUUUCUUUGUUUUGUUUUUCGGUGGGGUCGUUCCAAGUCCGUGCUGUAUGCAAGUCGAAGCUAUGCGUGUACGGCUACUAGACGUGCUACUCUAGGUGGUUUAUCAAGUGUAAACCCCUCCUUCCAGAGCCCAGCAACCUACAACUACAUUUGAGAAGACAAACCCGCCACCCACACACUUCCACUUUGACACACAUACACACACACACACACACCCAGACACACACACACACACACACACGCACACAUUCUCAAGAUUCAUUCUGUGCACACAGUCGUUUAAAGCACCACUCGUCUUCACGGAUUGAUUUUCUUCCUGUUUUACUCUCUCUGUUUCUUCUGUUCUUCCUCUCUGCCUGUGAAGGCGUCCCUCCCUCUGCAUGUUCUAGUGGUUCAGAUAGAUGGGUGCAUGGUAACCGCAGCAACUGAGUCGUAUUCACACGGUGAAAGUGUAGUUUUCAUUUGACAUUCAGCAAUAAAUCUCCUUUUUUUCAUGUUCAUUCUUGACUUGGAAUAUGCUAGAAAUUUUUGCAAGUUUUCUCAAAAAAUAGUACUUGUAAAAAAAAAAAAAAAAAAAAAAUCAAACCACUUGUUCAUAUGGAAAAAAAAUAAAUCUUAAUUCCUACCAUUUUAAAAAAUGAA